AUGAUUACAGCCUCUAGGGUUUCUCAGAGAUCUUGUUCCAUAGCCAUUUUGGCAUUCUGUCCACCUCCAUUAAAUGGAAUGUCUGGAAUCACCCAAAAUGGUGACAAUUGGAGGUGGCCAGUAGGCCAAACGGGCUCUGUGAAUCUGUCUCUGAGAAACCCCUUGUGGGCUCAGUUCUCUUUCUGUUGUGGAUAUUUGCAUGCGCUUCCACUUGUUGAAAACCCAUUGGCUAUUGUGAGACCCAUUGUAGCAGUUGCAGCAUUGGAUUCCUAG